AUGACAACCUUAGUGCGCAAGGAGGCGACAACAGCUACCUCCGAGAAGUCAAAGAAGGACAAAAACGACCUUCCUCCGAGUACGGAGAAAGAGACGCCCAUGGACUUAGACGAGCUGGAUUCCGAAUCGUCGGAAGCUACCCAGAUACGCCCUUCAACUCCGGAGAUCAGGAUCCUUUCCAAAGAGGAACAGAUCAAACUCCGGGUGAAAGAGCAUGUCGCGCUCUGGAGAAAAUGUCAAGUAGCCACCCGCAAAGGCGCCACUCCCAAACUCAGAGCCUUGUUGACCGAAGCCCAAGAGAGUCAGAAAACUCUCCAGAAGCUCAUCGACAACGAAGAAAUAGAGAGUUAUGUGAAAGGCUAG